AUGGCAGCAGCUGCUACUAAGGAUGCCCAAUGGGAUUUUAGCUGUGACUUCGAAGUAGAUUUUGGGUCGGAGGAGAAUGCUUCUAUAAUCUAUGCAGCAUUAGCUGUCGAUAAGGAGGUGAAGCAGUUGCAUCCUUUCAUCUCUGCAUUGAUUGUUUUGCAACCUGAUAAAGUGAGAAGGCUGAUGUCAGUCUCUGAGGGGAAGUUGUCGGUGCACUUUGAGGCAGUUGAGGCGAGAUUUCUCCGAGCAUCAUUUUCUGCUUUUGUGGACGUCCUUACGCUUGCAACAAAAACAAUUGAGGAAUUUGGAGAAGUACUGGCAUUGUGA